UUACCACAACACGAAGCAAAGCCAGGAAGCAAGAAGCGACAACAACAAACAAACCUAGCCAACUUAGUAACGAGCAAAUGCACCCCGGGAAAGCUGAGAAUACAGAGUAUCUUCUUUAAAGAUAAUAAACACAGCUGAAUUUACCUGUUACUAGUCGUGUGUGAUACAAUGUAGAAGUGUUUUAGUGAAGUCGUACAGUAAUCUGUCACGGAGACGGUUUAGCGGAACUGUUAUCUAACAUCAGCUAGCAGUAGCCUUAGCUUAGGUUAAUCCUUCCUGUGUUUUGUCGUUUUCUUGUAAAAUCGCAGGACGCUUGAAAAAUCAGACGGAAGUUGUAAAGACAAAGUAUAACGUAUUUACGUGGUGUCAUGUAAGAAACCUAAAUAAGUCUAGUGGGACAACCCAAGACAACGACCUAAACUGUGCUGAUACUAACAGGAAAUAAGUUCACUACAACUGUAAACAGCGAACAUGAUGCCCUUUAGUGUCUGGAGUGUGGCCAUCCUGAUGUUCUGCAGCAUAUUGGUUUCCUCACUCACUCAUGCCUUCAUCUAUGGUCAUUUCGGCAACCGGACCUCCCCAUUGUUUGAGGACCUUCCUGCCUUGUUUGGAUCCCCACUUCCUAAUGAGGGCCUAAUGGGAAUUUUGGUGGUAACCCGUCCACUUAAUGCCUGUGCACCAAUAGACCCUGCCCCUCCACUGCCAUCAUCGUUUGAUGCCAACACUACCAAAGUAAUAGCUCUCGUCAGACGCUAUGAUUGCAAUUUUGAUAUAAAGGUUCUACAUGCACAGCAAGCUGGAUUCGAUGCAGCAAUUGUACACAACAUGUAUUCAGACAAUCUUCUUAAUAUGAACUACAGCAAUGAAACUAUUGCUGAGGAGAUUCAGAUUCCCUCUGUAUUUGUCAGCUACUAUGCCUCUCAGUUUUUAAAGACUUACGUUAUCCCAGAACAAGGGUCUUAUGUGAUAAUAAAGCCAGAGUCUGCUUUCCCCUUCACAUAUUACCUUAUUCCUUUUUGUGGGGUAGUUGGAAUGAUCAUUCUUGUGAUGUGUGUCAUCUUGAUUAUACGAUGUGUACAGUACAGGAAAAGGCUGAGGAAAAAUCGUUUGUCCAAAGAACAACUGAAACGGAUUCCAACCCACAGGUUCACCAAAGGGGAUGAUUAUGAUGUGUGUGCUAUCUGUCUGGAUGAGUAUGAGGAAGGAGACAAACUGCGAGUUUUACCUUGUUCACACGCUUACCACUGCAAAUGUGUAGACCCGUGGCUCACACAGACCAAAAAGACGUGUCCUGUGUGCAAACAGCGAGUCACUCGUCCCAGUGCUGAGCACUCUGAGUCUGAGUCUGAGGAGGAAAGUGGGGGUCGCAGGAGUGUGGAGGAUGGAACAGAAGGUGAAGCUGAUUCAGAGCGCACUCCUCUGCUUCGCCCCUCCAACCCGGGGUCACCCUCUGGGAGCCCAGGGGCUUACUCGGCCACCAACAACACCACAGUGACCACCGCCCAGUGCCUCGCCUCCCCUGCCCGCUGCGACUCCCCCAUCGUGGGCUACGAAGGCUACUACUCCCCUGAGGAGGACACAGACUCAGACAGUGACGACACAGGGGAAGAGAGGCACCACACUGACGACGAUACGGCUCAGCUCAUUGGUAGGGAUAGAGUGGAUGUCUGAUGGGUGGAUUUCAGGCGUAAUGAGAUUACUACAUUUUAACUAAUAAAGAGUACUCGGUCAUCGGAUGUGCUGUAAACUCACUGUACUUAAAAUAGUUUGCAGAUUUAUGGUCAUGGAACUGUCCUCAACAUGUAGAAUACUAGCCACAUGUGUUGAUAAUAACACUUUUACCCAGUAACCCAAGGAGGUGUUUGUAUUUGUGUCAAAACACAUGCAUUGAUGAUUUUUACCAAAAUCCAACAUUGCAUAGGUCACCACUUCUGCACAUUUUCUCCUGUGCACAAAUCUGUUUGAAGACUUCCUUUUUAGAUGCAUGGUCUAAUUGAUAAAUUGCUCACAUCACAUGACCUGACCACUAGUGCUGCACAAAAUGAAUUGGCCUUUUAAUGGUCUCUUUAAUCUAAUAUGGUGUCAAAGUGAGAGUUGAAACAGAAGAAGCUCAGCAGAUUUCUGUGGUUUAACAUGAAGCUGAUCUGUGUUUUCUAUCUAUAGCUUAAUGACGGUUAGUGCAAUUGAACAAUUUCUCUUAAUCAUAGUUGUUUUUAUAUCUUGUAUCUUCACUGCUAAGAAUAUAACAUAGGCUUGAAAAUGAAGGGGAAAUUUUGGUCCUUCUUUUGCUCUUAAUUUUCAUCCAUUUAGGGGUUUUCUUGUUUUGUUCAUGUUACUAAACUGCAUUUCAGUUUUUUGAAAUGUCAUAUUUCUCUUUACAUACUAGAUUUAUCAUAAAGAAACUAUUACAAAGAGGUUAUAGACUUCUGCUGCUUUUUGAUCAUUAUUGAUUACACUGCAUGGUCAGUUUAUGAAAAUAUCUCUAGCUUUAUCCAGUUUGUCAAAUUGAACAAACUCAGGUUUCUAGCAGCAUAUUAAAAGGUCAGUUGGUAAAUUAAAUGAAUCACAUAGAGAAAACAGCUAAUGGGUUUUUAAGGCUAUAAAUAAUUUUUAGCUUUUUUUCCUCAUUGAGUAAAUAUGUAGAUUCAUGAAUAUAUAUUCAGUUUGUUUUCUUUUUUUAUACAGACUGGAAUGAUAAAUAUUAGAUUGUAGGUCCUGGCGAGGUGUUUUUAAGAAUGAAAGAGCAUUGCCUUACUAUGGCCUUGAUGUACAUGUACAUGUUAAUAUUAAAUGUUUGGAAAAUGAAGGGACAGUUAUCACACUCCUUUGUUUAGUUUUUCCUUUGUCAACCUGUAGGAAAUACUUGGAGGGUUUUAAAAUGAUGUACUGUGCAAACAUUUUGACAUACAUAUUUACAUAUUUGUGAUCAGCAUUUUCCACUUAUUCAGAUUUUUUUUAAAAACCACAAAACCAGAGUUUUUAUUCACUGAUUGCGUUUUUUAUUGGAUUUUUAACCACAAGUAAAAUGAAAUGGAAGUCGACUGUUAAAACAAAGAACGUAUUGUGUAUUUGUCAUCUUGAAUUGAAACAUUAUCUCCACAAAUGCCUCAAACAUAUGAGAAGAUGAGGAGACACAUGAUCCAUUUAUGACCUGAAUAUUUGUUUUCAUUAUGUUGCAUUUUGAAUGUGGGAGCAAUGAGAGAGGAAUUUUCGACUGUAAAAUCUUAACAUUCCAACUUUAUUGUCAGCUGAUUUGAUUCGAGUUGGUUGUGAAAAUUUGUAAUAUAAAAAUAAGAACAGCUGGUUUAUGUGCAGUAGGCUUCAUGUUUCUUUUGUACUGUACUUUUGUUCUAUUUGUCUCCAUUUUAGAGACUUAACUGUUAAUUUAACCGGGUGGAAAAAAAAUCCCUGUUUUUUCCCUUUUUCUUUUAGAAUGUGCCUAGUUUAUUACACUAAAAUAAUAAAUGUACGGUGUCAAGUUUAAUUUCCUUGUACAAUAAAGCAGGUUUCAGAAUCUUUAUGGUGUUUUAAACAUGGUCUGUGGAAGAUUAAAUGACUCUGAAAUGAAA